AUGGUACGAUGUGGAAUUGGGGUCCGAUCUGAUGUCUCGGACUCUCGGAUUAUAAAUACAGGAGCCCCACAGGGCUGUGUUCUUUCUCCCCUGCUCUUCUCCCUGUACACCAACCACUGCACCUCCAGCCACGACUCCGUGAAGCUGAUCAAGUUCGCGGACGACACCACCCUCAUUGGACUCAUCUCCAACAACGAUGAGUCCGCCUACAGGAGGGAGGUGGACCGGCUGGUGUCCUGGUGCAGUGGUAACAACCUGGAGCUGAACGCCCAGAAGACAGUGGAGAUGAUUGUGGACUUCAGGAAGAGCACUGUCCCCCCGCCCCCACCCUCCGUGAUGGACUCCCCCAUCACCUCUGUGGAGUCCUUCCGUUUCCUGGGCACCACCAUCACCCAGGACCUCAAGUGGGAGCCGACCAUCAGCUCCCUCAUCAAGAAGGCCCAGCAGAGGAUGUACUUCCUGCGGCAGCUCAGGAAAGCCAAGCUGCCUGCACAGAUGUUGGUGCAGUUCUACACGGCCAUCAUCGAGUCCAUCCUCACCUCCUCCAUCACCGUGUGGUUCGCUGGAGCCACAGUCAGGGACAAACAGAGACUACAGCGCAUUGUGCGCUCUGCAGAGGAAGUGAUCGGCCGCAGCCUUCCAUCGCUGCAGGACCUUAAACUGCAGCGUGAGCUGAGGGUCACAAACCUGGAGGAGUUGAAGAAGACUGUGCAGACCUACUCUGAGGAGAUUCAAAAACUCAAAAUGCUCCUGGAGGCUGCAGAGAAAAGCUGUCGAGCAGAGAGUAAAUGCUCGCAGCGCCAGCAAAGGGCACUCCACUCCACAGUGACUUGUCUGACAGAAACAGUGAAGCAGCUCCAAGAAGAGAACGGCUCCCUGAGAAUGGAGUUAAGCACAGAGGCCCCCCAUGCUGGGCUCCAAGGUUACAGAAAGUGGAGUAAACGGCGUCUGCUGAGGAGACUGCUGGACCUGGAGCUUCAGCCAGAACACAAAGCUAGGCCCACCCUCCUCCCAAAGGAACUAGUGCUAUUGGACCAGGAGACGCAAACACUUACCAUGGCAACAGAAGCAGGGACCGCUGUGGAAACCAUGGCCGAGCCAGCUGAGCAGGAGCUAAAACAGCGUCUCAGCCAAUGGGAAGAUCACAGGGCGGAGUUACACGAGAGGCUCAAGAGGACUGAAGAGGAGCUGGAGCAGGCAAAGAAACGUGAGAAGGAGCUGGAGGAUUGGAAGAGUGCACAAAGCAGUAAAUGGGACAUAGAACGGCAGCAGCACAAACAGGAGCUGAAGGUACUAUGGACAAAGCUGCAAAUGCUGGAGGAUGAGAGGGAACUGGCUGCCCUGACCUCCUCCCCCCUAAACAAUGCAGGGGACAUUCACAGAGAGAACCGGCCUGGCAGAGAGGCCCAGAGGAGGGACCAGGCAGCGCGGCUCAUCCAGAGUAUCUGGAGGACACACAGAGGAAAGGGCGUGGUGUUGUUGCAGUCUGCUCUUCGGGGCCAUCUCCACAGACAAACACAGCUUAAGGCAGCACACUCCUCAAACCACAGUGAUGGGGACACGCUGGAACUGAACAAUCUGGUCCUGGUUCAGUCCGUGUUUAGAGGACACCUGACGCGUUCUGCACAGACUCUGCACAGUUUGUCGUCAAGAUUUGGAGGUCUGAAUAUGGCCAAACGUCAAGCCACUCCACGGCCAGCUGAUACAGCUCAGUCAGUUCCCCCUUCACGAGCCAAUCAGGACGAGGCAGCAGCGGUUCACUCUGACGAUUCAGACGACAUCAUCAUUGUCAAUCCAUCUCGUCCAAUCAGGAGGAGGGAAGUCUUAAUUGUGUAG